AGAGCUCCGUCUUCAUGGAGCUCCCCGUUUGUUUCUACAUGGAUUUAGUAAUGAAGCGGUUUUAACGCGCCGUUGAUGAGAGAAACUAAAGGAAUGAGUUUAUCAGAAGAGCAACGUCUUCUACAGGUUUAACCCUGCAGUCUACAGAAACUACAGCAACUACAGAAACUACAGAAAUGGCCCACUCGGACAGGGAGCAGGACCUCCGGGUGGUCCUUCUGGGGAAUGUAGGCACAGGCAAGAGUGAAUCGGGCAACACGCUGCUUGGCUCGCCUCGCUUUUUGUCUGAGCUCAGUGGCUCUCCGGUCACCCAGCAGUGUGAGGCACAGACUGUGACCUUGGGAGGAAAGCGGAUCAUGGUGGUGGACACUCCAGGACUGGCUGCAGAAAUGGACUCAAACACAGCAAAGGAGAAACUGCUCCAGUGCCUCGAGCUCUCAGACCCAGGGCCUCAUGUUUUUCUGCUAGUCAUUCGCCUGGGCCGAUUCACCCAGGAUGAGAGGGACACAGUGGACGAACUGAUAGAAGUGUUUGGGCAGAAGCUCUACAUGUUCACUAUCAUCCUCUUCACUUUUAAAAGAAAAAGCACCUCCAUUGAGGAUUACAUCAGCCGUGCUGGAGACAGUCUUCAGCAGCUGGUUCAGAAGUGUGGCAGCAGGUACCAUGCCUUCAGUGAAAACCCUGGUAAAAAGGAUCAAGAGGAACUUAUAGCAAAGAUAGACAAACUGGUAUCAGCCAAUGGUGGUAGAUGGUACACCAACACAGAGGACGAGAUGGAAGAUCUUGAAAUAAGACUGAAGCAUCAACUUUUAGGUGGGGGAAGCUUGACCUCCAAAACGAGUGUCUCUGAAAAACUUGGCAGUCUGAUUCACAGUAAGAGACCAGACUCUCCUGAGCCCAGCUGUGUGUCUAUGAAGAGUGAUCAGUCAAUGGACAUACCCACAGCCUUCAAACAGGGAGAGUCUCCACCUGAACUGAGUCUGAUUCAGAGUAAGAGACCAGACUCUCCUGAGCCCAGCUGUGUGUCUAUGAAGAGUGAUCAGUCAAUGGGUAGAGGCAUAUACUUCAAACAGGGAGAGUCUUCACCUGAACUGAGUCUGAUUCAGAGUAAGAGACCAGACUCUCCUGAGCCCAGCUGUGUGUCUAUGAAGAGUGAUGAGUCAAUGGACAGACCCAUAUUCUUCAAACAGGGACAGUGUUCACCUGUUCUGAGAGCCCAAAAGGAGAGAGCAAAGAUCACCAUGACACAUCUGGAGUCCAUAUUCCAGGAACUGGAGCACAAAGUCAUCUCUCUGGUGAAGAAUCAGCUGAAGAGGUUCAAGAAGGUACUGAGUUCAGAUUUCCCAGCAUGCUCUGAGAGGGAGGUGGAGGAUGAGGUGGAUCAGACUGUCAGAGAAGGAACACUGCAGAUCGCACUGCACGUCCUGAGGAACAUGAACCAGACAGACCUCGCCAACACACUACAAACCAAACUGGCUCCUGCUUGUCAUCAAAAGUUCAAAUCUACAUUGAAAAAGAAAUUCCAGAGAAUUAAUGAAGGAAUCUCAUAUCAUGGAGGCUCAACACUUCUGAGUGAGAUCUACACAGAGCUCUACAUUACAGAAGGGGGGAGUGUAGAGAUCAAGAAUGAACAUGAGGUGAGACAGAUUGAGACAGCGUCCAGGAGACCAGCAACACAGGAGAGACCCAUCAACUGCAGUGACCUCUUUAAAGACACAGCCGUCAGAACUGUACUGACUAAUGGAGUUGCUGGAAUUGGAAAAACAGUCUCAGUGCAGAAGUUCAUUCUGGACUGGGCUGAAGGAAAAGCAAAUCAGGACAUCCUCUUCAUAUUUCCACUUCCUUUUAGGGAGCUGAAUUCAGUGAAGAGUAGAAAACUCAGUCUGGUUGAUCUUCUUCGUCUCUUUUUCACAGACAUAAAAAAGUUAAAACCAACAGAUUAUUAUCAGUACAAAGUCUUGUUCAUCUUUGAUGGUCUGGAUGAAAGUCGACUUCCUCUAGAUUUCCAGAACAAUGAGAGCUUGUCUGAUGUAACACAGUCAGCCUCAGUGGAUGAGCUGCUAACAAACCUCAUCCAAGGGAAUCUGCUUCCCUCUGCUCUUCUCUGGAUCACCUCUCGACCAGCAGCAUGUGGUCAGAUCCCUCCUGAGUGUGUUGACCAGGUAACAGAGGUACGAGGAUUCAGUGACCUGCAGAAAGAGGAAUACUUCAGGAAGAGGAUCACUGACCAGAGUCUGUCCAACAGAGUCAACACACAUAUGAAGUCAUCAAGAAGCCUCUACAUCAUGUGCCACAUACCGGUCUUCUGUUGGGUUGCAGCCACUGUUCUGGAGAAGAUGCUGGGUGAAGCAGAGAGUGGAGAGAUCCCCAAGACUCUGACUCAAAUGUUCACACACUUCCUGAUCUUUCAGAUCAAACACAAAGACCAAAAGUACCAUGGAAAAUGUGACACUGAUCCUCGGCAGACUAGAGAGAUUAUUCUGGCUCUGGGAAAACUGGCUUUCCAACAGCUGGAAAAAGGCAACCUGAUCUUCUAUGAGGAAGACCUGAGAGAGUGUGGCAUUGAUGUCAGAGAAGUGUCAGUGUACUCAGGAGUCUGCACUCAGAUCUUCAGAGAGGAGUUGGGGCUGCACCUGGGGAAGGUGUUCAGCUUUGUCCAUCUGAGUGUUCAGGAGUUUCUGGCUGCUUUGUUUGCAUUUUUCUCCUUUAUUUCUCAGAACAGAAAUGUGCUGAAACAACAAACACAUUCAGAAUCAACAGUGACUGAUUUUCUCAAGAGUGCAGUGGACAGAGCUUUACAGAGUGAGAAUGGACACCUGGACCUUUUUCUCCGUUUCCUUCUGGGUCUCUCACUGGAGUCUAAUCAGACUCUCUUACGAGGUCUACUGACCCAUACAGGAAGCACUUCUAACUGCAGAGAGGAAACAGUUGAGUACAUCAAGGAGAAGCUCAGGGAGAAUCUCUCUCCAGAGAAAUACAUCAAUCUGUUCCACUGUCUGAAUGAACUGAAUGACCACUCUCUAGUGCAGGAAGCCCAGACAUACCUGAACAGAGGGAACUACUAUGGUCUAGAUGAAGUCACCCUCUCUCCUGCUCAGUGUUCAGCUCUGGUGUUUGUGUUGUUGAACUCAGAGGAGGAGCUGGAUGAGUUUGACUUAAGCAAAUAUGACCCAUCAGACGAAUGUCUUCUGAGGCUUCUGCCAGUCGUUACAGCAUCCAGAAAAGCUGAGCUGUCUCGGUGUCGUCUCUCAGAGAGAAGCUGUGCAGCUUUGGCCUCAGUUCUCAGCUCAAACACCUCAAGUCUGAGAGAACUGGAUCUGAGUGAUAAUAGUCUGUGUGAUUCAGGAGUGACGCUGCUCUCUGCUGGACUGGAGAAUCAACACUGUAAACUGGAGAAACUCAGGUAUUAAUUCAUUGUACUUUUCUGCCUCCUUAACAUACUUUGCUGUUUCUGUGCUUUAUGUGUUCAUGUGUGUGUAUGUUUGUGUGUUUGAAGGACAGAAAGAGAGACAUGAUGUUUAUUUGUACUUGUAGUAAUUUUACUUUUCACUGAAAAUAUAAGGAGUAAAAAUUAGUAGAACAACAAACUACUAAGUAUUCAGAGCUGCACUUACUGAGAAGUUUAAAAGGUGUAUAUGAAAUACUUAUAUGUAAAUUUUGGGUACAUACUUUGCAAAAAACUUCAUGAACAGUAUCGGGUAUAACUACUGUAUAACUACAUACUCUGAAUUUAAUGAUAAAUGUGUUAUACUUACUAGAAAUAUUUAUUGCAUAAUUUUCAAGUUCAGUAUGUAAGUACAGAGUAACUAAUGUGAGAAAUAUCAGGAAUAUUUCAGCUUUUAGUGAUUCAGUGUUUCUGUAAGUAUAUGCAUAUGUGACAGAGGAAGUAGAUAUAAACUAGAAGUAGAAUAAAUUAGAUUAAGUACCUUUAUUUCAGUACAGUAACACAUUUAGUAUUACUUGGUACAUUUACUGGUAAGUUCUCUGUAAUAGUGUUGUAACAUUGUAGUAACAGAACUGUAAAAUAAUCUAACUGUGUGCAUAGUAAUUACACACCACCCACAUGUUCUAAUAGUGUUUUUUGUGUGUCUUUGUGACAUGCAGAUCAUAUAACCAUACACUUUUUUCACUGUGUGUGAUGUCAUCACUGCGGGGCUGAUGGGAGCUGUAGUUUUUUUGCACACUUUUUAGAUUAUGUUAAACUCUGUGUUUUAAUCGUUACUGAACUCUGCUGUUGGCCUUUUAGGUUUAACAGCCAUUGUUUGCUAAUCUAGAUCUGAUCUGUAACAAUAUGUAUGGUUAUGAAAGCUGUGUAUGGUUAUGGUUAUGAACACUAUGGUUAUGAAUACUGUGUAUGGUUAUGAAUACUGUGUAUAGAUUUUCUCUGCAUACUACAAAGAAAACAGUUACUGUGUAAAUACUGUAUACAAAUUUACACUUUAUUUUGCAGCCCUGUUUCCAUAAUAUUACUGAGAUCUUAUCAGUAAACAUCCCAUUGAAUGAGUUACUAUGCUGUAAAAAGGUACUUUCUGAGUACUCAGUCGUAGGAAUCCUGCAUGGUCUUUACCAUGUAACUUUUCAGCAUUAAAAGCUGAAAUGUACCUCACAUUAGUUGUGCUAGUUUCAUAUUAAACUUUCAAAGCACCAAAUAUUUAUUUAUUGUUUGUAAUUAUUAUUAACACAAUUAAACUCUGAGUAAGUACUGUUGUACAUACCUCGCACAUACUAUGUAUUUGGUAUAUACCAGAAUAUGUACCAGAAAAUUACUUGUAAGUACAUAUUUACCUAUUAAAUACUAGGUACAGUUUCAUAAAAUAAAGUGCUAAAGAAAACUGACCAAAAAAGUAUUUAAGCCAGUAGUAGAAGCUGCAGAUGUGUAAGUGCUAAUCCAGGUGUGGUCACUAAGAUAACCCUCACCAAUAGCUCACCCGAACCAACAGCUCCAGCUCAGCUUCAGUACAGACAAUCAGACAGACCUACAGUACAAAGUGUGGUCUUUGCCCAAACAACACCCAGUUAUUAUUUUUUUACAUAAAGUGGCAAGAAAAAUAUUUGGCUCUUUUGAAGUUACUCAGUUUUUUGCAUUAAUUGGUCAUAAAAUGUGAUUUUGUCUUCAUCUGAGUCACAACUACAGAAAAACACUUGUGCUAAAGCUAAUAGCACAAACAGUGAUAAUAUUUCAUGUGUUUCUUAUUGAUGUGCACAGCAGUUAAACAUUCACAGUACUGGUGAAAAAGUCAGUGAAUUUUUGACAGCAUAACCUGUAGGGAGUGUUUUCAGUAGCUGCAGGUCAGACCUGAACAACGUUCAAGAGGAAUAUUGGAACAUUCUUCCUUCUACUGAGCUUCAGCCGGUGGACAGCCACCCUGACCUGAACUGUGGAAUACCUUGAUAAACGUGGGAACGUAUAAACAUAUCAACCAUAUAAAGCCCAUAUCAGUAGUUUCAGAACUUCUGAACAUCAGCACCUCCUCUUUUACUGUUUCAGACAAAAGCUUGGUUGAUGCUUCUGUGGAGCUGAAAAAGUUUUCAGAGUCUUUACUCAUGGAUGUUCUUUCAGUGCUUAGAUCAGCACUGGUAGAUCAUCUUAUUCAUCCUAAAGGUGCUGGAAGGGGUUGAGGUCAAGGCUUUGAGAAGGUCAGACAGCUCCUUCCACACCACAUUCAGCAAAUCAUUUCUUUAUGGACUGUAGUUUCUGAAUGGGUCAUUGUGAUGCUGAACCAGAAGAGUUGGAACCACAUCUGUCUGUCUGUCUGUCUGUCCAUCUAUCUAUCUGUGUUUAACUGCCAAGCCUGCAGAACAACUUACACUUUUAAUGUCUUCAGUUUAUUUUCUUUAAAUACUGAAUCUUUACUGGUCCACACAGGUAUUUAACCAGUGUCUGUGUCAGAGAGAGAUUAGUAUCAUUACCUCAUUCUUCCUCUCUCUCUCUCUCUCUCUCUCUCUCUCUCUCACUCAAACACACAAACAAAUACUUGAACACUUGAAAUGUUUUUAAUACAUCACGCUUUUUUCCUCUCCUAAUGUUAAACUGUGUUUUGUGUUUUACUAAGUUAACAGUUUUAAAUGCUGUAUUGUUUCAGCUUCUGCACUAGUUUUGUAUUGUAUAGUUUUGUGGGUGUGUCAGUUAUAUAUAACAUAAAACUGUCUUGCUGCAUUUGUUUAUGUCAGUGUUCAUAUAAAACAAGUACAUCUAGUUUUAUACUGAGUUGCCAUUUGAACAAUUGAUAAUAGUUUUGGUGUGUUAAUAGAAGGUCAGUUAUCAGACAUGAGUUUGACUGUAAAAAUACACCAUUAACACCAUUAGAGGAUCAUACAGAAUGAAUUCAAUUAUGUAGUGUGUAGUUUCUUAAUUGCUUGUGUGAGAUGUUGGUGUUUGUAUAGAUUGUAUAUGUAGUUGUGUGUAGAACCGUAAAUGUGAGGACGUUUUCU